AUGCCACCAAAAGGGUUUGCCUUUGGGCUGCUUUUGCUGCUCUGCGCGAUUUGUCACGUCCAUGUGGCACAGGCAGCCAAUGCAUGUGGCGAUGGCGCCGCAUGCAUUUGCUCGGGAACUAACGUCGAUUGCAGUGGCAGAUCCCUCACAGCCAUUCCAUCCGCAAUCCCAGCCAACACGACCGACCUGCAUCUGGGCAGUAACUCCAUCACCAGCAUUCCCGCCUCUGCAUUCGCAGGCCUGACUGCGCUGACAAAAAUCACCCUGUCCGGGAACCCGAUCACCGACAUGUCUGCAACCUCAUUCACUGGCCUAAGCGCGCUGACACAACUAGAUUUUUUCAGCACUCAGCUCACCAGCAUUCCCGCCAUGGCGUUCACCGGCCUGACAUCGCUCAAGUUCAUGUACCUUUACGGCAACAAGAUCACCAGCUUUUCCGCAGACGUAUUCACCAACCUGACUGCGCUGAGAAUAUUACAUCUGUACGAAAACCAAAUCACCAACAUCGCCGCCGGCGCGUUUGCGGGUUUGAGCUCGCUGACUUCCUUAUAUCUGCACCAGAACAAGAUCACCAGCAUUCCCGCCUUUGCAUUCUCUGAUAUGGUUAUUCUGUCAGAACU